UUGUUUCAUAGCAGUUAUGUCCAUUGUAUUUAUACACAUUAAAUAAAAGUAAUUUAAUGUUAAAAAAGAAAACAAAUUCAAAUUCUGACCACAUAUAUCUGUAUUAUCAUAUCUGUUCGUUGGGGUGUAAUAAAUGUUUGUGCAAAUAUACUUUUUUAAGUCAUGCCUUUUACUUUGAAGGCACAACGCUAACGCCGGAAGUGCUUUCAUUGUUGUCGUCUACGUAGGGAGCUAAAGCAGCGAAGUUUUUGUCAGUCCCGGUUCCUUGUGCUACACCUUUGUCUUUUACAGUGAUAUUAGUCUGACAAGCACAGAACGUCAACUAGUAACGUUAAAAGAGACAUUUAUCUACUUCAUGGGCCUGUGAAGGCAAGGUGUUGUUUUCUGCGCUGUAACUACUAAUCCGCCAUGGCUAACAACCCUCCAGGACAAGGCUUUCAGAACAAAACCCGGGUGGCCAUCCUGGCAGAACUGGACAAGGAGAAGAGGCGGCUGAUGCAGAGCCAGUCCCUGAACAGCCCCGGAGCCAACAUCCCCUUGUCGUCCAGACCCAGCCUGAAGGAGGCGAGGGACAGCGCGGAACAGCAGCACAUCGCCGCCCAGCAGAUGGCCGCCCUGCAGCACGCUCACGUCCACUCGUCGGGAGGAGGAGGGGACAAUGACCUGGCCCCCUCUAGACUGGACAUCAGGGUGGGCAAGGUCAUUAGUGUGGACAAGCACCCAGAUGCUGAUUCCCUGUAUGUAGAGAAGAUAGAUGUGGGUGAGGCGGAGCCGAGGACGGUAGUCAGCGGACUGGUGGCCUACAUUCCCCAGGAGGACCUGUUGGACAGAAUGGUGUUGGUGCUGUGCAAUCUGAAACCACAGAAGAUGCGAGGGAUUGAGUCUCAAGCCCUACUGCUGUGCGCCUCUGUUGAAGGGGAUCCUAGGAGGGUGGAACCUCUGGACCCUCCAGAGGGUUCAUUGCCAGGGGAAUGGGUCUUUGUAGAGGGAUAUGAGACAGGUAAACCCGAUGAUCGACUCAAUCCAAAGAAGGUGUGGGAGAAACUUCAGGUCGACCUGAAGAUCUCAGACGAGUGUGUAGCUCAGUGGAGGGACAAGCAGCUGAUGACCAAACUGGGACAGAUCACAUGCAAGACACUCAAAGGAGGCAAUAUUUGUUAAUUACACAUGCAUUACAUUCACCGCCGAAGCUACUCCUGCUCUCCACGUUACAAGACUGCUUCUGUCACCAAGUUGCCAUGGCAACAAUGUCAAACUUCAUUUGGGUGUUUCUUGGAAAAUGAUGGAAUAUUGAGGCCAAAAGUUUCAGAAGCUUUGGACUCGCUUAGAUUUUAUUAGCAAAAAUAUCUCAUUCCUAUAAACACAAGUCACAACAAAAAUGAUGUAAUCAACCUAUGAUUUAAUUGAUUUCUUUUUGUUUACCAGCUGUUGUACUAAUGCACUUCAAUGUACAAAUACAACACAUGCUGUGCAAAUUGUAGAUAGCUGGGCCUGUUUAGAGAGAGCAGGAUUGAUUACUUGAAUGCUGCUCAUUCAUGGGAUUAGCUGAUAAGGAAUUUUAGGUGAUUAAAAAGGGACCUAAUGUUUCAGCAAUUGUCCUGGGUAAAAUCAUCCUUCUAUAUUGUUUGCCUUCACUGGAAAUGUCAGGGUGGUGGCCAAUCUGCUAAACAUAAUCAAUAAGAGAUUUUCAUCGGUUUCAGACAUCAGAUGUGUUUAAAUAUGUAAUUCUCUUACACUAUGGGACGGUUGUUCUGGGGCUAAUGUAUAGAAAUCAGUAUCUCACAGUUGUCUCAGCAAUCAAUUAAUGCAUCAUCUCUAACAUGAAAUAAAUGAAUUCUUUCAUCUGCAGGAA